AUGACUACAAAGGGCUCCAGAGCCUUGAACCCGGAGGAACGGAAACGAGGCGAGAUUGCUCUCAGCGAGUUCGCCGAGUAUGCCGAAAAGCAGCAAGCUCACCGUUCCGCGAUUGCCGCUCCGAGCGAUAGCGGCUAUUCCACCGGUACUGCCAGCGUGUCGCGCGACUUCGAAGACCAUGCCGAGCUGGAGAUCUUGGACCAGCUCGGCUUGACCGAUACCCCGCGCGCCAUCAAGCUCAAGGAUCUCCUACUUGGAACCGGAGACGCCACCGAAGAAAGUAUACAAGUUCUGGCUAGUACGAUACAAACUCGCGUUGAUGUGGGCCAGGGAGAGACUCUCUUCGACCUUGGCCUUGAAGACGGCGGUGAUUCAAUGGGCUUCGACCUCCCUCAGUGGGAGACUGCACUCCAGCGCCUGCGCGAGGCGGCGGAAACCAUUCCCGCACACUGUAGGAUACUUCUUACCUACAAUGUUGGCGGCCCCGAGGAAUCUCCAGAUGCACCUAAUAUUGAGGAGAUGGCAGAGAUCCGCAUCGCUGUGGUCGGCAAUGUUGACGCCGGUAAGAGUACUAUGCUUGGUGUACUUGUAAAAGGCAGCCUCGAUGACGGUCGAGGUCGUGCUCGAGUUAACCUUUUCCGCCACAAGCAUGAAAUCGAGAGCGGCAGGACCAGCUCCGUGGGAUUGGAGAUUAUGGGGUUCGACAGCCGGGGUGAAAUUGUCAGUAACUCGCAAGGUCGAAAGCUCUCCUGGGAAGAAAUCGGAAAACGCUCGGCCAAGGUGAUCUCUUUCUCCGACUUAGCUGGCCAUGAGAGAUACCUUCGCACUACCGUCUUCGGCAUGCUAAGCAGCAGCCCCAAUUACUGUCUACUAAUGGUUGCUGCCAACAAUGGUCUGAUUGGAAUGAGUCGUGAACACCUGGGCAUUGCGCUGGCUCUCAAUGUCCCUGUUAUGGUGAUCGUCACGAAAAUUGACAUUUGCCCGCCACAGAUUCUCCAGGAGACCCUGUCUCAGCUCGCGAAGAUUCUCAAGUCGCCUGGUGCGCGGAAGAUCCCGAUCUUUGUUAAGGACAUGGAAGAGACCAUUAAUACCGCACAUCAAUUCGUCAAAUCUGGACCUGGUCCGAACGUUUCUGAACAUUCUCCCCAUCGGGGCAAUUACAACCCGGAUGGUCCAUUUGAAUUCCUCAUUAAUGAUACUUUCUCCGUGCCGCACGUGGGAACAGUCGUCUCUGGGGUCGUCAAAUCCGGGGUGAUCCAUGCGGGUGACCAGGUGGUGGUUGGUCCCGACUCGCUGGGUCAGUUCACCACCACUACGAUCAAGACUAUUGAGCGCAAGCGAAUACAGGUGAACGCUUGCUUUGCUGGUCAGUCUGGAUCCUUCGCGCUCAAGCGUGUGCGUCGAAAGGAAGUGCGUAAAGGAAUGGUUGUGCUGAAGAAGUCGGAGGAUCCUCCCAAGGUUUACCGUGAAUUUACUGCAGAAGUGCUAAUUUUGUCACACGCCACCACUAUUAAACCCAAGUACCAAGCCAUGCUGCACGUUGGAGCGGUCAGCCAAACCUGCUCAGUGAUUGACAUUGACCGCCCCUUCAUUCGAACCGGAGACCGGGCCCUUGUUGCAUUUCGUUUCAUGCAGCGCCCCGAGUUUCUUGCGCCGGGCGACCGAGUGUUAUUCCGUGAAGGGAAAACCAAAGGACUUGGCAUUGUGAAGGGCAUUGGGUAUGAUCCCGAACAUCCCCUCAGCCCAAGGAACGGCGAAGAUAGGAACACCGCCACGCAGCCGGAGCCAAUACGAGGGAGUGAAGUAACUAAAUAA